AAAGAUCCCUGCCCCCUUGCACUCUAAAAUAGUCAAACCUUAAAAAUCAUCAGUCACAGCUCAGAACUGACAGGAGUGCUUUUACGAUCAGGAUGAAGGGAGACAGUGACAGUAAAAUGGACCCGACCAAUGGUCACAGCAGACCGCUGGACAUUGUGCCUCACACUGAGGACAAGAUGAAGGAGAGGGGUCAGUGGGGCAACAAGCUGGAGUUUGUGCUUUCAGUGGCUGGGGAGAUCAUUGGUCUGGGAAAUGUGUGGCGUUUCCCUUAUCUGUGUUACAAAAAUGGAGGAGGUGCCUUCUUCAUUCCUUAUCUUAUCUUCCUAUUCACUUGUGGGAUUCCUGUGUUUUUCCUGGAGACUGCAUUGGGACAAUACACUAGUGAGGGAGGCAUCACAUGCUGGAGGAAGAUUAGCCCACUGUUUGAGGGAGUUGGCUAUGCCACUCAGGUCAUUGUGGCCUUGCUGAACUUCUAUUACAUCAUUGUUCUGGCCUGGGGCAUAUUUUACCUUUUUUUCUCUUUCUCCUGGAACUUGCCCUGGUCCUCCUGCAAUAAUGCAUGGAACACAGAUUCUUGCAUGGAGUUUCAGAGGAGGAACGACUCUUUGAACCAAAGCCAUUUUCACAAUGCCACAUCACCAGUUAUUGAGUUCUGGGAGAGGAGGGUCCUGAGGAUCUCUUCUGGAAUUGACAACAUUGGCCAGCUGCACUGGGACCUGGCCCUGUGUCUUUUUCUGGCCUGGGUGAUAUGCUACUUCUGCAUAUGGAAGGGUGUCAAGUCAACUGGCAAGGUGGUGUACUUCACUGCAACUUUUCCCUAUGUCAUGCUGAUAAUCUUGCUCAUCCGAGGUGUAACUCUGCCAGGAGCCUCAAGGGGAAUCCAGUUCUACCUUUACCCAGACUUAGGAAGACUGGCAGACCCACAGGUAUGGAUGGAUGCAGGGACACAGAUCUUCUUCUCUUAUGCUAUCUGCCUUGGAUGCCUUACAGCGCUUGGAAGUUACAACAAGUACAACAACAACUGUUACAGGGACUGCCUGGCAUUGUGUUUUCUGAACAGUGGGACCAGUUUUGUUGCUGGUUUUGCUAUUUUCUCCAUCCUGGGAUUCAUGUCUUUUGAACAAAAUGUACCCAUUUCUGAGGUCGCAGAAUCUGGUCCAGGCUUGGCUUUCAUUGCAUAUCCACGUGCUGUCUCCAUGAUGCCCUUCUCCCCAGUGUGGGCUUGCUUCUUCUUUAUUAUGAUCGUUCUGUUAGGACUAGACAGCCAGUUUGUCUGCGUGGAAAGCCUUGUGACUGCCAUGGUGGACAUGUACCCAGCCAUUUUCCGGAAAAAGAAUCGCAGAGAGCUGUUCAUCCUGGGAGUGUCCAUUGUGUCCUAUCUUGUGGGGCUAAUUAUGCUGACUGAGGGUGGAAUGUAUGUCUUCCAGCUGUUUGACUACUAUGCAGCCAGUGGAAUGUGUCUCCUCUUUGUGGCUAUUUUUGAGACAGUCUGCAUUGCCUGGGUUUACGGUGCAAAUCGUUUCUAUGACAACAUUGAAGACAUGAUUGGCUACCGACCCGGGCCCUACAUUAAGUAUUGUUGGUUGUUCUUCACUCCUGCCACUUGUUUUGGGACAUUUGCUUUCUCCUUGAUCAAGUACACCCCUCUAAAGUACAACAAUGAAUAUGUCUACCCCUGGUGGGGCUAUGCCCUGGGCUGGCUCUUGGCUUUAUCAUCAAUGGUCUGCAUCCCCAUGUGGGUCAUUUAUAAAGUCAGCAUUACCAAAGGAACUCUGAGAGAGCGCCUCCAUCACCUCACCAGACCUUCCCCAAACUUACCCCAAAACAAGAGGGAGCAGGAAAAGUUGUUGGCAAUCUUUGCUGCUGACAAGGAUGGUCUCCAUCAGCAGAACAUCCCCACCAAGGAUGGCUAUUUCCCUGUUGAGGAGAAGGAGUCUAACUGUUAGGAGAGGUGUUUUACCAUGGGACCAGGCUCCUCUGGCCUGUUGUGUUCUUGGAGACAGCUCAUACUUUAAUACCUUGCACAUCUCAUAACAGCCAAAUAAGUGGCCACACAGCAAGGACAUGGAGAUUUCUCUUUUUCCUACAUUCUGAGAGGUCCAAAGAUGGCCCAGAUGACUGCUUUAGAUGUCUUUCUCUGUGGUUUCCAUGUCAGUGUUUUGGCCCUAUCUCUGUAGUUCACUGGUGGACACAGCACUAUGCCUUUUUAAGUCUUUGGAUUUCAUAGAAUUGUCACUUUGUUCACUGAGAAACAGAGUGGAGUAAAUAUGGAUUGAUUUAGUCUGUAACACAGACAAUAUUUCCACAGAAAAUCAAAGCUGAGUUAAUAUAUAGAUUUAUAGACUCUUAGAAAGAUGUGGAUAUAGAUAUGACAUCGGUAGAUGUAGGGGUAUAUUAGUAUCCUUUGGAACAUUUGAGUUCAACUUAUCUGUAUCUGCUUUCUAAGGAAGCAUGUUUGUCUUGUUGCCUCCGUGUGACAUUAGAAAUGCCGAAUGUACAGCAGUGCAGAAACCAUUAUACAGAACAUGAAAACUAGACAUUUGUUUCCUAACUUAGGAAUAAAUAACCUAAAUUUAAUUAAGCUGUGUGCAUGGUUACGGCAGGAGUUUGCUAGUUAGUUACAGAUCAGUGAAUGUAGUGGGUCGUGACAUCGUCAGUUAAAUUGUCUUAUGAAUUUUAAAAGUGCUCCACAAUAGUCAUAAAAUUAUGCUCUAAAAUGAAUUAAUUAGCUGAACCCAUAACAUUCUCCAGCUGACGUAUUCGCAGUCUUCAAAAAAUAUCUAAAUACUACUUUGAUUCUGAUUUGCUAACUUGGCUUCAGUGGCAUCCUUUCAGUACUUUGUGUACUGCAUUUUGACAAAGUUUCGGCACUCAGCUAGCCAAAGAGGUAAGCAGUAUCAGUGGACUUGAUCAUCAUGUAAAUAUCGACGGUUUAUAUAGGUUGAGAGAAUAGCUGAGAUUUCAAUCAGAGAUUGCCUAUUUUCACAACUCUUACUGUAAACUCCCUCCCCUAACUUAACUCUUGCCUAACAGGGUUGACUGCACCUCUUAAAACUUGAAAAGCUUUUUAAGAGUUGCCUUAUCAGCUUUGCCUCAACAUAAAAGUGAGGCCUAAUGACAGUUAAAUGUGGACCUUGGAGUUAAUUCAGUUAAACUGGACUGUUUUCUACAGACAAAUACACUCAAUAACUGAAAUUGUAUGAUACACCUGUGAGGGAAUCGUUCCUGGAGGAUAGGAAACUUCAUAUGUGUAAGAUGAUGUGUCACAACCCACAGAUCCAUUGUGAGUCUUUGUAAAUUAUUAUUUUCACCUUCUCGACCUAGCCAAUAUUAAACAUAACUUUUUUUCUCUCUCUUUUUAAAAUUUAACUUUUACAGUUUUUCUAUAAAAAAAAUUGUGACCUUUUGUGCUCCAUAAUUGAACUUUGUUCAAUGUAUGCAGCAGACACGUUUUUUUUUCACGCUUAACUAAAUGGUGUUGGAGUUUUUAAUGUAUUGUUUAUUGUUUAAUGGUUAAUGUAGACCUUAUUCAAAUAAAGACAUUUCAAAUUCUUUCCUUAUAAGUAGAAUUUAUACUAGUAAGAGUGGAAUAUUUGUGAAAAAAAAAGGGAACACAGGGAAUUUAGAUGCGUUGGAACUGUUUAAGGGUACAUAUAUUUGUAAUUAGUUUUUCUGGAAUAUACUCUGGAAAAAAAAGAAAGAAAUUAAGAGGCAGCAGAUGUGUUUUCAGGACCUGUGUGGCUUGGUAUGGAAUCUCUUUAAGAAAACCUGGAGCUAUGUUGCCACAGUGAACUAAGCUAGUUGUUGCUAUACUUUAUAGAAAUAAAAAAAAACUUUUCCUAUAAGAGCUGUCUUCCUUAAAAAAGAAAAGAAAAGAAAAGAAAACUUCCCAAACAAUUUUUAAUCUUGUAGGGCUGUCCUCAGUUUUGUGAUGAUAGUGAGUGCUUGUUUUAUGUCUUCCAUAAUGUCUGCUGUCUCUUACCAAUUCUCUGGCAGGCCCUUUUUACUUCUUUUAAAUAUUAUAAGCAUACUUUGAUAUUUAUUCAAACUAAUGAUGGAUUAUCCAGAAACACAGCCAUGUAAUUAAUUGGACCAGCACAUCCAACACUAGAUGUAAUCAAGUGUAAUAACACCUAUGUGUGUAGAGAUUAUUUACAUAUUUAGAAAUAGAAAGUAUUUACAUAUGCUGCUAUGAAAGUAAAUCACAAAUAUUUUAGACACAAUGUAGAAAGAACCAUUAAAAACCAUUAAACUAUCUUAAUGGUUGUGUGAGGUGGUGGAUGAGGUCACAGCUGACCUCAGUGUAUGUUUGGCAUUGAUUUUACAUAUGAGAGCAAAAAUGAUAAUCUUUUGAGAUGCCUUCAUAAAGUGCAGCAUUUUACAAUCCAUAGCGACAAACUUCAAAAGAAAAAAAAAACAAAACACGCGAGAAUAUUCAUUAGUUUUACGUCUGUAUGUGAUAACCCUGUGAUAAUUCAAUCAUGUGAUGUCCUAGGACGUGUCAAGGCAAUUGAAACUGAUCACUGAAUAUCUAUAUUUGCGUCUGCUCUCAAUGUAAAGGCUCGUGUUCAGAGAGGCAUCAGAGAGGGAUCCUAAUCUUUACAGUCACUCCAGCACAAUUUUGGUCAUGUGCCAGACAACUUAGUUUGUUGUUUUUUGUCCUCUGUCAUUUAUUUUCACUGUCCCUUGCUCGCACAUAGUUGUGCGUUUCUGAUUUUUGUGCCACAUAGUAACGGCUCAGAGUAUGUAAAUUAAUCUGUGAAUGACUCUCUUUUCCUCUCUUUCCUCUUUGUUGAGGAAGAUUAAGAAUGACUUAUUAUGACUAAAUAGAGAGUGUACUCUAAUGCCCUGAUUGUAAUAUGCUCAGACAAUUGUGUGUCCUAUGGCAUUUGUCUGUCAUUUGUUGAUAUUAAAACCUCAGUAUUCUAUUAGA